AUGAGAAAUCCAGUGCUACAGGUGUGCAGAUGGACUGCCUAUGGUCAGAGGACAUCCACAAGAAAAAGAUAUUGUCUGCAGCAACAAGCUAGGAACUUCCAAUCUGGCACCGACCAAAAUACAAAAACCCUGCCGCUCGACGGCCUCAAGGUUCUCGACUUGUCCCGGGUGCUCGCCGGGCCAUUUUGCACACAGAUCCUCGCAGACUACGGUGCCCAGGUCAUCAAAGUUGAACAACCGGGAGCGGGCGACGAGACUCGCCAGUGGCGCACCGCGGGCGAAGGUCAGAAAUGGCGUCCCGAACACAAGUACAUGUCUCUGUACUUUGCCGCGGUCAAUCGAAACAAACGCUCCGUGACGGUCAACCUCAAGGACCCCAAGGGACUGGAAAUCGUCAAGGCUUUGGCACGUCAGAGUGACGUCGUUCUGAACAACUUCCUCCCGGGCAAGAUGGAGCAGCUCGGUCUGGGUUACGAGGACCUCAAACGGGACAACGAGGGACUGAUCUACGCCAGCUGCAGUGGGUACGGGGCCAGUGGCCCGAGUCGAGACCGUGCAGGGUACGAUGCGAUCGCGCUGGCCGAGGCCGGGCUGUUGCACAUCACGGGCGACGAGCACGGAGGGCCGACGAAGCCUGGUGUCGCCAUGGCGGACUUGUGUACGGGCCUGUACAUGCACGGUGCCAUCUUGGCGGCCCUGGAUCAGAGACACAGGACUGGCCUGGGCUCCAAGAUCGAGGGCAGCCUGUUUGAAAGUGGCUUGAGCCUUUUGAUCAAUGUCGGCCUGGCUGCUCUGAAUCUGGACCUGGACAAAGGUCCGGAGAAGAGGAGGAGAGGAAAGCGGCUUGGACUGGGUCAUCCGAAUCUGGUGCCGUACGGGGCGUACAAGACAAAGGACGGGAUGCUCUUCGUCGCUGCCAACAACAACAGACAAUGGAAGGGGUUUUGUCAACGCAUGGGCAUCAAAGGGUUGGCGGAAGACGAGAGGUUCAGCACAAAUGACGGGCGAGUUGAAAACCGGGACGAAAUCAACUCGAUACUGCAGAGAAAAUUCGCCGAGAAGACGCAACGUGAAUGGCUGGACGCCUUUGAAGGCAGCGGUCUACCAUACGGCUCAAUCAAUGAUGUCGUCGACGCACUCGAACAUCCACAGGCCAAGGCGAGAGAUAUGGUGAUAGACAUCAAUCAGUUUGAGGCGGCCAAAGAUGGAAUGCUAAAACUGAUUGGGCCGGCAAUGAAGUUCGAGGGUGCCUCGAUGAAUGUCAGGAUCGAGCCACCUUUGCUGGGCCAGCAUACUGAUCAAGUAUUGAACGAACUGGGUUAUCCCGUGUCCGAAAUCGAGGAGCUGAGAAGGUUAGAGAUUGUGUAG